AGGAUGAAGAUCCAUCAAAUUUACAAUAUACUAGAGAUGAACUUCUACAUCUGUUAGCGGAUGAAAAUGACGAUGAAUAUGAUCACCAAGAUAAUGAAGAAGACCCUCCUCUUGUUGAAGAACCACAGGAAGAAGCAGAAAAUCAAAAUAAUUCUCCUGGUGGUAAUAUUUUAGAUUUCUUUUUGGAUAAGAGGAAACUUGUCUGGAAGAAGAAGAAUAUGGAGUUUGAUGAAGAUAAAAUUAGAUUCUUAGGUAGCUCAGCUUUUCCUCCUGAAAUAGCUAAACUAGAAUCUCCUUACCAAUGUUUUAAAUAUUUUUUUGAUGAUGAUUUUAUGAACAAAAUUGUAGAAGAAACCAAUUUAUAUUUGAUGCAAAAAGAUGCUAAUAAUAAAAUAAUAUAUACAGCAUUAGAUAUCCAAAGGUUUUUUGGAAUAUUGCUGUUUAUGUCAGUGCAAAGAUUCCAAAAUACCAGAUUAUAUUGGCAUCCUGCUUAUGGUUAUGGCCCUGUUUCAUGUGUUAUGCCAGUAAACAAGUUUGAAAGACUCAAACUUGGUUUACAUUUUCAUAACAAUGAUCUUCAUAAGCCUGUUGGCCAUGCAGAGCAUGACCGAUUAUUUAAGAUUCGUCCAGUUAUUGAACACCUCAAUAAAAGAUUUUCUACACUACCUAUGGCACAAAGGCUGUCUGUGGAUGAGCAGAUGUGUGCAACAAAGGUUGCACACUUUAUUAAACAGUACCUGCCAAAUAAACCCCACAAAUGGGGUUUUAAAUUUUAUGUACUGUGUGAUUUAUCUGGUUUUGCACAUACAUUUGAAUUAUAUGCUGGACAAGAAAAUAAAGGGAGGUUGGAAGGAGAACCAGACAUAGGAGCUACAGGGAAUGUAGUUGUUCGUUUACUGAGGGGUGUUCCAAGGUAUCAAAAUUAUAUAGUGUACUUUGAUAACUUUUAUACAUCUCUGCCUCUAAUUUACUUUCUUGCCAAGCAAGGAAUUCAGUGUGUUGGCACUGUCCAGCAAAAUAGGAUCCCUAACUCAAAAUUGCCAGAAAAAAAGAGUUUAUGAAGAAGGCAGUGCCAAGAGGCAGUCAUGAAGAAAGAACAUCAACAUUUGAUGGGAUUGAUAUGGCUUGUGUCACCUGGAAGGACAACAAAAUUGUAACUCUUUUAUCAACUUAUGUUGGUGCAGCACCAGUGUCUAGUGUCACUAGGUAUGACAAGUCCAAAAAGGAAAAGGUAGAAAUUAGUUGUCCAAAAAUUGUCCAGGAAUAUAACAAACAUAUGGGGGGUGUGGACCUUAUGGAUAGUUUUUUAGGAAGGUUCCACAUUCCCAUCAGGUCAAAAAAGUGGUACUUGCGCAUCUUCUUCCAUCUCCUGGAUUUGACAGUAAUUAAUUCUUGGAUAGUGUACAAGAAAAAUGCAGCAAGUAGAAAUAUACCAAAUAAAUAUAUACUUUCUAUGGGUAAUUUUCGCAAUGAAUUAGCCCAUGUUUUGUGCACUAUUGGAGCUGAUACAGAAACAAAAAGAGGUCGUCCCAGUACCAGUUUAUUAGAAACUGAAAUCCAAGCAAAAAGGAAGAGGGGACCAGCACAUGUGGCUCCACCAAAAGAUAUAAGAAGGGAUGGAAUAGAUCACUGGCCAAUAGUUGGUGGCUCACUGCGUUGUAAGUACCCACAAUGUAAGGGAUAUUCUACAAUAAGUUGCAGCAAGUGUGGUGUCAAUCUUUGUUUAAAUAAAAAUAACAACUGCUUUGGGAAUUACCAUAAAAAUUAAUUUUUUUUUCAUUAUUAUAUUUUGUACUGGGCUCAUUGAUACUGAUUGCAUAAUGAUGUAAAUAUACAUCAUAUGUUUUUAAUUAAAAAAUAAAUACUUAGAAAUGUCAUAUAUUUUUUUUAUUAUUUUUUACAUAACCUUGGGCUAUAACUGGAUGCUUAUGAUUUUUUUCACAAGAAUAUCUUAAAUCAUGCAAUGAAGGGUUAAACGUAAUAUUUUGUGGUUAAUUUUUUCCUUUGCGAUUACCCUGUCUCGGGUGGCGCUUAGAAGUAUAUGAUCCUUUAAUGUGUUUCAAUAUAAAAGCAUCUUGUGAUCUGUUAUCUUUGUUCUUAUAAUAACGAGAAUGAAAGGCAUUCAAAUCACUCGUUGUGAGAGAGGGGCACUGAUAAUUUUUUUUUAUGUGUACAUGUAGGCUUUUCUGGUAAUGGCACUUUAACUUCGAAAAAAAUGCAGUAUCUAAUAGAAAAAUAAACUUUUUCACGAGAAAAACACAACAAAAACUAAGCUGGCCGCCACAACCUUCAUCCUCGCCGCAGUCGUGCUGUCGUGUUUUUAGUUUCAAUUACGCACAAACUGUGUAAGAACAAGAUGCCACUACAGCGCUCUCCUCCGCCGUCAACGACUAUGACAAGAAAGUGGUCCAAGAAUAAAAGUCAAGUCGAUUCUGGUUCUAAUAUGAGCGUACUAGAUUCUAAAAUUGAAGAGGAUUCUUUACAAAGCAUUGCAAGUCCGGCAAAUUCAAUCCUAAAUGAUUUAGAUGUUUCUUCAUUGAAUCAAACAAAAAAAUAUGAUAUCAUGAUAACUUAACUCUAUGUGACAACCAAUCUUUACGUUGGAGAUAUACAAAAAAACUUGCGCAAAGAAACCGACACUGAUGCCUCUUCGGUGCCAAAAGCUACUGGACCAAUCCACCCCACUAACGCUAUAGGCGCUGGGCCCCCAGGCAAACCCAAGGGAUCAAAGCCUGCGAAUUUGGUGCGGGGCUCUGCUUCGGCCAAAGUGAUGCGACCUCGGGCUUGUGUUGCCGACCUGCAGCUGGGGCCUCGUUAAAAACACGGCCAUCCUAAGGGAAAUCCCAAAAAGAUGACCAGCUCGGCGUGCGCUUCUCCGCCGAGCUACACUGAAGCCUAAAGUGAACGAGUUGAGUAGCGUAUCAAACCAAAACAUACGAAAACUGACAGCGGAACGAGCUGAUGCGUCAAAGUCGCGACCAGCCGGUGCACCGACGACCAUGAACAGAGGGACCUCAGAAUACCUGACGAGGCCGACGGAACUGGUCCAGGGCGGCCGUUAACCAUAA